AUGGCUUCAAAGAAACCAGAACCCAUUAUACCAUUGAUGGUUUUUACUUUUGGUUCUUACGGUGUUGUCUAUUAUAAUGAGAGUCUAUACAUUGCAACUAAAGGAGAAGAAAGAAUAUAUUCUAGGAUCCUUUAUCUGAUGAAGAGCAUUGACCUUUCUGACAAUGAACUAAUGGGAGAAAUUCCUCUUGAAAUUGGAGCUCUUUUGCAACUCAAGAACCUGAAUCUAUCAAGAAAUCGCCUCAGUGGACAUAUCCCAGGGACAGUUAGUCGUAUGGGUUCAUUGGAGUCCCUUGAUCUCUCAUGGAACCAGCUUUCUGGUGUGAUUCCUCAGAGCAUGGCAUCAUUGCACUUGCUAAGCCACCUCAAUGUGUCUUACAACAAUCUUUCUGGGAAGGUACCUCCAGGCUCUCAGCUUCAAACACUUGGUGAUCAAGAUCCAUACAUAUAUGCAGGCAACAACUAUCUCUGCAGCCCUCUUGUUCCCGAUAACUGUUCUGAACAGAAGGGAAAUCCAGUUGAUCAUGAAGAACACACAGAUGGCCACGAUGUCGUGUUGUAUGCAUUUUCAGGAGUCGGCUUUGGAAUUGGAUUGGCAGCUGUAUGGUGGCUACUUAUAUUCAGCAAGGCAGUGAGCAUGCGCUACUUCCAGUUCGUUGACUCCGUAGGUGAGAAAAUCUGUGACUGGAUGAUACUACAGAAGAUAAAGGCAAACGUGAAAUUGAUGGGAAGAAACCAGAAUCUAGAACCCAGGUAA